GUUGAAAGAUGGCGGCGUUGGAGAUCGUAAACACAGUCUUUUGAAAGAAAAAUAAAGACACAUUCUGUUGGCGAUUACAGUGAAGAUUUAUUUAUUUAAUAUGCCAUCAGAAAAUGUAAAUAUGAUCUUCUAAUUUGUUUAAAUUCUGAAGUAUUUUUAUUUGUAUAAUUUGCUACACUCCUGUCCGAAUCUAAGUCUAAGUUAGUAAGUUAGUCUAAGUAGUCCUACUACUUACUACUAAGUUAACUUCUAAGCUAGGUAACGAUUAAUUCGAUAAAAAAAAUUCGAUAAAAAAAAUGAAAUCCCCAAAAACUAUAAAAAUGUUACAUUUGUAUAGAAUAUAAAGAAAUUUCGGUAGCCCAAACUUCAGAUUUAAAAAAAUUAAACAAGAAUCAACUUUCCAGCUUUAGAACUUUUACUUUUUGAAAUUUGAGCCAUUUGAGCUGUGAAUUUUUAAAGUGCAAGUUCAUGUGUCAUUUGUAAUUUUUUACUUAGGCUGCAUCUCCACAAUUUGCGACCCUACAUUUCUGAUUGCGUUAUGGGCAAUAACUCUUGUUUAAAUUAUAAUUUUAUACAACUUAUUUUCUUUUUUUUUUUAAAUUUCUAAUUUUAAAAUCCAAGUGAAGUUGGGUAUAGCGACCUACAUUAUAUAUACCACUCUAACGUAGAACCAUGGUGUCUCUCAUAAAACACUUGGUGCUAUGAAAAUUGGCACACUUGUAGAUCACUAUAUAUCCAAAAGAAAUAAUAAAUAUGAAAAGGGCAUAUAUUUAAAUUCAACUUAAUUAAUCUUAAUGAUGAAAGUUAUCUUACAUUACCAAGGAUUUUCUCAACGCUGACUGAUUGUAAAUGAAAAAGAAAUUAAUUGAAAUGUAGGCCAAGAUGUCCCCAAAAGUCAAAGGAUGGAAAAGGAAUACAAUUGUGGGAUAUAAAAAUUCUUUUAUGAAUGAUAUAGCACUAACUUCAAGAAAUUAAAAACUUUGACUCCUGCGCCAAAGUCCAUUUAUUAUAAAAAUUGUGUAGUAGUCUCCUUCCUUUACUGAAGUGCCUACGUAAGCUGAAUGAAAUGAAAGAUGCCAAAUUUGGGUCUAACUAAUGCCUAGGCCUAUUACUAAUAGUAAUGUUUUAACUUUAUUUUCAACUAACUGGGAAUUGCUCUAACUUGCCUAAGUAAGGCUAAGGAAAUAAAAAACACAGGCUAUUCCUGAGAACAGUGCCCAUGGCAGCGUUUCCGUGUUUACUCAAAAAUGUGCAGGAUUCUUUCCCCUUUGUUUUUUUAAUUGUUUAUUUUCAUUGGAUGAAGUGUCAGCUUGCCCAUGACGUCAUUAUAAGUCAUUUGCGUGUUUAUUAAAUAUUUGUGCGGCGGCGAAAGAAUAUGUUAAUAACCGGUUGGAACAAGAUUUCAUGUGAAUUAAUAACGAAGUUUAUAAGAAAAGUUCAAUUUUAUGUUUUUAAAAGUUAAAUUUUAUGUUUUUAAUUUCUUACUAAAGGGGACGGUUGGGGAGAAUGCAUUUUAUCAACUACUUAUUUGAUUGUCGGAGGAAGUGCUGAUGACGUGUUUUGUAUUAAAAUUUUAAUUAGUUGAUUAUUUAUAAUUUUAAAUUAUCAUUGGUUGGCUAAUUAUCAUUUUUUAUUUGCGCCACCAUCUUUUCAACAUGUUGGCCUAAUGCCGGCAGUUGUGCUCCAAUCAUUUGUGCAUAUUUUUUUUAUUUGGAACCUGCAAUAAAGUGUGUAAAAGUGUAUUUCAUGAAACUGUAAGUUGGGUUUUCAUCCCUAACUCUAACCCCAAAUUUAUCUUUAAAAAAAACAAAUUGUAGAUGACAAAAAUAACGAAUUUCGAACAUACCGCCGGACACCCAGAGAGCACAUCAAAGAAGACGACAAGUGACGUAACGUUAAAGCACUCCUUUCUAUAUGCGUAUAAUUUUAAAGUACCCUACAAGAAAAUUAAUUUCUCUAUUUUCAUUAAUAUUUCGAACAUUCUAAAAUUCCCACACUCGUGUCUUAGCACUACUUUUUUUUUUUUUCUUGGUUGACAUGGUACGUGACUUUCUCACGGAUCAUGUCAACAAUGAUGGCGGCCAUGAUGGGAAACCCCGGGCAUCGUCCUCAAAAUUUACCAAAACACAAUUGAAUGAAUAUCACUAAGACCUUAAGAGAGAAGAUAACAUCAAUGAAAAUUAAUAAUGACCAUACUUUUAGAAUUUAGCCAAUUUCUAAAUAUCAUCAAAAUUGUUAGUCAAAACUUGUCUUUUUGUCCCCCAUAGGAUAACAAUGAUCAAAUUUGAUUUGAUUAUAUAGUCACACCGAAUAUUAUUAUUCAAGGGGGACGUUUUGGUAGGCUACAAUGUUAAAUUAUCAUUUUGGUGAAUUUAAUUAUUUUAACAUUUUGAAAUCUAAUUAUUAGCAAAAUAUUGAACAAAAUUUCUUGGGGGGUCAUCCAUAAAUGAUGACACCCUUUUUGGGGCAAAAAUCCCUCCAACCCCAAAAUCAUCAAAAAUCGUCAUAGAAAAAAAUAAGUAUUCAUCCACCUUUGGUAUUGAAAUAAUUGAAUAUUUGUUGAAAUAAAAUCAAUUCAUUAUCAGAAUGUUCCACAAGGUAUUAUGACAAUUACAUUCCACAGCCAUUCUCAAACAAAAGUUACAAUCACAAGCAAAAUAAUCCCAAAUAAUUAUACAACAUUAUCAACAUUUUACAGAAGUGUUCUCAGAAGAAUAAUUCAGUUUUAGCAUUUCCUUCAAACAAAUAUUUAAGACUAAACUGACUCUAAAGUUAAAUGUAAUUGUCUGCCUCUAGGCAGACCUCACAAAAUAUCAAAUAAUACUUGAAAUUAGUAAUUAAAAAAGUAUUUUAAAAUGCUGGAGAUUGUCAUAGACUUUUUAAGAGAAAAAGUCUUAAAAUUAUGUUUACUCCUGUCACACUGCAUAUGAAAGUCACUGUUAACAAUAAAAUUAUAUUGCGUUCUUAUUUAGUAUAAGAUGCAGAGCAGCACUACAUCAAAUUUGAGCUUUGAAUCUUGAAAAUUAAUGAUUACAAAUUUGCUUAAACAAUAUUUUACCACCUUUAGUUGUUCAACAUCAACUUUCAACAUGGUUGAGGGAAGAAUUAAGCCUAAGUAAUCAUAAUUAGCCAGUGCUGAAGAGUUAAGAGCCAAGAUCGAAGAAUAGAGGCAAAUAAAAACUGUUUCUAAAGUUUGAUAGGUUCAAAUAAAUUUAUAAUUUGUUAAAAUAAUUAUUUUCUAUUUUGGGUUAUAAUUUAAAAGAAAAGAGCAUACAGCAUACAUUUUAUUUUUGUCUGGAUCUUGAUGAACAUAUUCACUCAUAUAAUUUUCAGAGGAGGCCAAAAGACGAUACCUGGACAUCAGCAGAGCUGAAUAAAGCAUUGAAAGUAAAUUAUAUUUAAGACAACUCUUUUUUUUUCCUUAAAAAUGACAUUUCAUGUAUUUAUUAAAUAUAUUAAAAAUGAUAUGAUGGCAAUAACAACAAAUGAAAAUAAUUUAAAAGGACUAAAGCAACCUUGGUAUACUUUGGGUUUUCCAGGGCUCAAUCAGUUGCUAAAUGUGCAUGUUUGAUUACUGGUUUAUUUUAAUUAAACCUAAUAUACAAUUCAGGCUCUGACCACUUCCAGUUUCCAACACCAUUUGAUGAACCACACAAUCUCCAAAAUCAUCAAAAUUAAAUCUUUACACUUUAAUCCAAAUCUUUGUGCCUAUAUAGGGUUAGGAUUAGUAUUAAAGUUAAACUCUCCUUGCAUAUGACCAGUGUCCAUCACAAAUUCUUUGAAACCAUGAAGAAGUUAUGUUUAGUAUAUGGUUUAAAUAUUUGUUAUUCAUUUAGUACAUUGAAAGACUCCUUGAUUUUAAAUAGAAAUUAUUGUCUGCAGGGAUCACAAGAUGACAUGCAUCGAACUAAAAGGAGAAAGGAUGAUGAUGGUGAGUUUAAGAGUUAUAUCUUUGAUAAAGAAGGUGAUAUGUAUCAAAGUAAAUUUUAUUUAAAAAAAAGACUUUUUAGAGAAAUUUUAUUCCCUAAUAUCUAUGGCUGUACAAUUUCAGCUGAUCGAAGACAUCACCGCGAUGAGGUGAAUGGUGCUGAGCAUAGGAAGGAAGAGGACAGAAGGUCUCAUAGAAAAGAUGAGGUUUGUAAACAUGAUAAAAUCAAUUUCUACUGCUAUUAUCAAUCUGAACACUUUCCCAACAUUUUAAAUACAUUUAAAAAUUAUUUUAAACUUUUAAUGUUAGAAAUAAAAGUCAUAAGGGCAAGUAAAUUGAUCUUAAGAGGUUUACAUUGAUCAGGAUAUUUAUCGCCUCAUGCGCACUUGUUUAAAAUUAUUAAUGAUAUUGCUUUAGGAUAUUCAAAAGAAUAGGCGACAUAGAGACAGGGGUGACUCCACUGAAAAGGUUGACCUCACAGAGGUAAGAGCACUAAACAUUUAAAUAGAUAUAGAAUCUAACGAUGCAGAGGAAAAAAAUACAAUAGACUUGGUAUACUGUGAUGCCUUUUUGUGUAAAUAUAAAAAAAUGUACCGCAUUAAAAAUUAGUAUGAAUGUCUUUUUUUCUUUUUAAAUAAAAAUUAAUCAAUAACAAAUUGAAGAAUUAAAAGUAGUUAGAUACCAAAUCAGCAAAGGCUUUUUAAAUCCAUAAUUGUAAAAGGGAUUGUUGACAGUGGUGUUAUUAGCACUAUAUCAGUUUUGGCUAUGAGGAGUAAAACUAUAUUCCUUCGAGUUCAGAUCAAGAUAAAUCUAAAUUAAUUAAAUUCUUAAAGCUUAAAUUUAAAAUUUGCCACUUUUAUCCUUUUUUUAUGUUUGCUAUGCUAAAGAACUAUAUGAUGAAAAUCCAUUUAUUACAAUAAUAUAAAACACUCUUAACUGAUAGAGUAAAACAAUUAAAAGACAUCUGUAGUAACAAUCUGUUAUCAUUCAGGCCACCAGUGCUGCUGUAUGUAUAAAAUUUCUUUGACAAUUUAUAAAUAUUCAAAAUUAUGUCCACUUCGGUUGUGCAGUUUACACUAUUUUAUGUUUUGCAAUGAUUUCAAUUAUUUUUAAAAUUCAUUUUUCUUAAAAGAGAGAAUUAAUAUAUGUUAUAUCAUCCCUAUGUAAAUAAUAAUUACUAAGCUUUAAUUCACCAGAAUUAUAAGUUACAAAAAAGUAUUAUUCACUAGAUUGUUCUUUGUUUUGAUUUAAGUUGUAGCUAACUUCAAAUUAAGUCAAUAAAUAAUUUUUUUAAAAAUUGCACGUAGAUGUUUUAUUGAGUGCUUUACUUCACUGGAGAUCUUGUCAUAUUUUUUGUUCCUUAAUGGAAGUUUUUUUUUCUUAAAAUUUUAAAUUAAAAAUAUACUGUAUAUUGAUUGAUUCAAUACCUCAAAAAACUUUUGGAGGCUAUAGCUUGAAUAGGUUUGGAAAAAAUGAAUCGCAGUUGGCCGUUCAUAAUAUUUUAUUAAAACAUUACUGUUUCAUUUAAUUAAUUAAUUGCUACUUAGGAGGAGAGAGAAAGGAUGCGUCAAGAGAGGCGUGCUAAAAGAGAAGGGGGAAAAGAGGUAAUUUUAAAAAAAUUCACAUAAUAUUGUUUUAUUUUUAAAAAUAAUACUGAAAGAAUGGUGUAUAAUAAAUGAGCAUAUUUUAAAAAAUCUAGUUUUGUCCCUUCAUCUUACACAUGUUAAUUUUAGGAAAAAAAGUCCAGGCCCAAAGAAAGUAAAACUUCUAAAAUAGUUGAGGAUGACCAGGAUGACAGGCGGCGACGCCGACAUGAGAAAGAUGAACCAGGUCAAGGUGACAGGAAAAGCAAUAACGAAGAGGAAUCUACAAAACAUAAGGAGGACAGACAAAGGGAAAGGUAGUGAAUAAUACAUUUUUUGUCAAAGAAAUAUAUAUCUAUCACAAUUUUGGCAAUUGUGGUAUAUCAUAACCAUUGUGGAAUUUUAGAGAUCUGUUUUUUCCUUUAAAUUAUCUAGUGAAAUCAAAUUGAUUUCAAUGUCAAGUGACUUUUAUUUUAAUUGUAAAGUUUUAAAAUUUUACAGCCAGCAAGUUUUGUAUAAGUUUGAAAGAGGAAAGUUCAUUAUUUUAUAUUUCACAGACGACAAUAUGAAAAAGAACGUGAAAAACAUCGAGAGGAAGGAGACAGGGAACACAAGAGACACCGGGAUGAAGAUGACCGGAAGCGGCGCCCUAAGGAAGAGGGUUCAUCUCGACAUCACAAAGAAGAAGGUUCAUCUCGUCGUCGCACUGAUAGUAGUGAUCGACCUAGAAAAACUGAUGACUCUGAGCGGGGCAGUGACAGACACAGAAAAGUAGGUGAAUCUGAACAUCAAAAAAAGCGAGCUGACGGUGACGAAGAGGUAAGUGAAUAAAUGACAGAUGAGAUUUUUUAAUUUUAAUUAAUUGCAAAGACAAAUGCACUAAUUCAAAUGCACUAAUUUUAGCUUAUUCUGAUUGUAUUAGAAAACAAAUCACAUCAAAUAUGGAAAAGUUUAUUUAAACCAAUAAUAAAAACCAAAUAGUUAGACAAAAUAUUUUGUUAGCGAAUAAAAAAUGUCUGAGGAAAACUUUUCUACAGUUUAUUCAAUAGCCUUUUAGUUUCACUCUGUCUUGUUAUUCUUUCUAUUUCUCUAUGUUAACUGAAAUUUACUGUUAUAGUUUCUUCCCAUCAACUAUUGCUAAAAUAUAUAUUUGAAAGGCUGAACGAGAAAAAAGAAGACAAGAGAGGAGAGAAAGACAAGAGAAAGAAAGACAGAAGGAUAAAAGCAGAGAGAGAGAUCAUCACAAAGAGAAAAGUAACAGAGAUAGUGAUAGAAUCAAGGAAAAAGAAUCUGGAAGCCAUAGAAAAUCUGAGGUUAAAAAAAAUAAAUUAUGCUUAAGCAUUUUGUGUAUAAACUAAGCAUUAAAUUCAGAAGCAAUUUUUUUAUUUAUUUUAAUGAAAUUUUUUAAUGAAUCAAUUCUAAAGAUGUGGCCAAUCCUUAUGAUUUAAAAGUAUUUGAUGAGAGUUUCUUAAAAAUAAAUGAAAUUGGCUAACUUACAAUUUUUCCUAAAAAGAUAGUUCUUGGAAUCUCUUAUUUCAUUCCAGCAGAAAUUAUCUUUAAAAGAUAGAGAAGAUAAGGAGGAACAAAGAAGGUCUGAAAAACAUCGCAGCAGUAAGGAAAAAGAAAAAGUUUUAGAAAUCAAAUCGGGUUCAGAAAAACAAAGUUCAAGACACAGGGAGGUGAGGCAGCCUUUGUCAGAUAUUUUAUUUUAAUGUGAUCAUUAAUGCAUGUGAUUUAUGCAAAUCCAAUGGAUCAAAUCCUUCCUAUCAUGUGGUCCUCUGGAAUAAUUAUUUUUUCCUUUUAUCACCUUGUUUCCCUAUUACUUUGACUUGUUUUCAGACUUAUCCUAUCACAGCUAUAUAAAUUUAUAGAAACUGGAGUGUUAGCGCUUUGAUAAAAAAAAACAAUCUUUGUUUUCAUGAAUAUAGUUAGUUUUUUCCUCUUUUAAAAAGUACCAUUUAAAAAUAUAUUAUGCAUAUUAUUUGCACAACAUAAACUGUUUAUAUCUUUUUGCUUUCUCUUUCAAAGAUAGACAUAUUUAUUGCAUUUGGCGUCUCAUUUUACAAAUUAGCUUAUCUACUCAACUGGCUUUGUGAAAUUAAGACUCUACAUCCUUAUGUGUCCUAGUUCUGGGAUCCAUGGGAUGAUUACUCCAGCAUGUUGGAGGAUUUUUAUAUCUAUCUGCAUACUGUAUUUUUCAAAUUGAGCGAUUUUCCCAUUUGUUUUAUAGGAUUAAAUUUAAUUAUACCUUUAAGGAUUGAAGCUGCCUUGGUUUGUAUCUGUCAAAGUCUGGUGCAGUCAACCAAAUUGCAAUGCCAUAAUCUAAGGGUGUCAUUACUCUUCCUUCUAUUUGUAUACCAUGUUUAAUUAUUCUUUAAACUGCUUUUCAUGUAGACCCUGUCUAAAAUUUUGAAAGUUCAUACAUUGUUAAUUAAAAAGUUGGAGUAUGAUAAAGCUUUAAAAAAUGAUAGAAAAGAAUAAGAAUGGGCACAAGUCCCUAACAAAGAACGGAAAGAAUCUGGUGGAAGUACAAUUUGGUUUUUAAAUUUUACUUCCACCAACUUUCUUUCCAUUCUUCUCAGCUUCAUCUUCUUGAGGGACUUCUGCCCACUAUUUAUUUUGUCUUUCAUUUUUAGGCAUAGGUAGGAUAUAUAUUAUAUUAUGUAAAUUUAAUUUAUAGCCUACUUAUAUGAAUGUUUUUUGUUGCACUGAUGAAGAAAUUGUAUUUUGUGUAACCAUAAUUAAAACUUAACACAUAUUGUUUUAUUUACAAAAAUGGUUAGUGUCUCAUUAAUAUAUAUUGUUAAGCUUUCUGUCAAUGUUACAAAGUCAGAAACAAUUCUAAAAAGAAAUUUAGCUCAGCAUUAGUUUCUCAAGUUUUCCUACCAAUGAAAAUUUUUGAUUAAGUUUUUAUCGUCAAGCUUCAAGUUUUUUUUUAAAAUGUGGAAUUUAAUAACUAUUUGAAUUUUGCAAUUUAGUAUAAGUUGCAGUAUAAUUUUUUUAAAAACUUUUUUCUUUCCAGAGCAUUGACUCAGAAUCUAUACCUUCAUCAAAUAGUCAUCAGAAAACUAAAGAAAAGGAACAAAAAGAAGAGGAUGAAUACAAUUAUGAUGAAGAUUUUGAGGUACCUGUACUUCAGUUUUUAACCUGAAAAUAAAAUAGUCUAAGCCUUUACCAAGUGGAGAUAACUCAACAUUUAAAUAUUUUUAAAAAAAAAGUAGAGGUAAUGUUUUGCUUAAUUCUAUUUGAUAAAUUAAUGCUAACAUCUAAUUUUUUGUCAAUAGGAUUAUGAUGAUGAUUUUGAAGAUGAAGAUACACACGAAACGAAAGAGGUAUAGUUAAUUUCUUUUGUGUUUUGUUAAUAUAAAAAAAGAGAGUUCUAAAAAUCAGAUACAGCUAUUUUAAUUGUCAUAAGGAAUGUUUUUUUAAUUUGACAAGGAAAUACUCUUUAAAUUAUAUACUUUUAUAAAAUCUCACAUGUCUUUUUUGGGUAUAAUUAAAAUUAUUAAUAAUAAACCUAAGUUACAGAAUUAAAUAUUUUAAGACGGAUGAGAUUUUUUUUUUUUCAUGCAUAGCCAAAAUAUGGAAAAACUAAGGUAGGGGGGUCUUGAGCUUAUACCAUUUAAAUCAGAAAAAUUUUCUCAAUCACAUUUAUAUUACUUAAUGAAUAUAUGAAAGGCAUUUUGUAUUUAUAAAUUUCAGAGUCAAUUUCCUUCACUAAUCUUUAUUUCCAGACAAAAAAUGAGAUAACAUUCUCAAACAUGAAUAUUGAGAUUCGCAAUAAGUUAUAAUAACAGGAUAAUCUUUAAUUAGUUAUUGAUUAUGUCUUAACAAUUUCUUCCAACACAGAUACUUAUAUAUUUGUGCAUUAGAGUUGUGUUGUAAAUAAGAAAUGGAGGUUAAAAAAAUAAGAUGCUUUCUUAAAUGAUUUAAGAAUGCAACAUUUGUAGUGAAAAUUGUCUAAGCUUGUAGGAUGAAGAAAGAUGUUAAGAUUAAGAUUAAAUUUAAUGAUGUUGGGUAAAAUGAAACACAAAAUAUGUUUUAAAUUUAUUUAUACUCAUAUUUUUUUCACUAGAUGAUGGAGUCAUAUGUGGAUAAUAAAAAAAAAAGUCAUUCAUCUUGCUUAGUUAGUACUGAAGUAUCAAUUAUUUUUCAGUUACUGGACACUUUUUUUUCUAUUUCUGUUAUCAUUAUUUUUAAUCACGUUUACAUGUUUUUUGAGUAAAACAAACUACAUUUAAGAAAAAUGUUUUUACAAAAUGGUGCAUACAUUUUGUCAUAUCACAGCUAAAUCUAUUCACUUUUAAACUCAUGAGAUUUUAAAAAAAUUUAAAGCUUAUCAUUGUCAGAUCAGGUAAAAAGUAUUGUUUAUGGAUCUGUGUCUAUCAAUGUUCAUUUGAAGGAGAAAGUAAAAAGAUAUAACAGAUUUUGUAUAAAUGUUUAGCAGAGUUUUUUUAAUUCUCUCCAAAAGACACAAAAUGGUCUUCACCCACCAACUGGUCUAGUUAAUUUUUUAAGUUCCACUAUUCUAGAGAUCAAAGCUGUAAAUAAUCUCUAAAUUCUAUUAUUGCUAAAGAGUAAAAUAUUGAAGGCUUUUAAAUGUUUUAACUGUUUGCCGACUACUUUUCGGUUUAAAAAUUCCCAUUAUUAUUUUACUGAACAUGGCGGACUCUUUAUAACAUUCUUAAGUAAUAUUUGGGAAAAAGCAAACAUUUUAUCAAUAUUACAAAUUAUCUUGACAUCUUUAGGUAUUUAUAAAAUUUAAAUUUAUAAUUUUGAAAUUGAUGCUAUGUGUAUUAGAAAUUUAAUGCUAAUGAUGUCUUUAUUUUAUAUUAAUCAUCUGUAAAUGUAAUAAUGAUUCUUUAAUAACUCUUUUCACUUAUUAAAUAUAAUGUGCAUAUAUUAAAUAUGGUGGGAACUAAAAAAGUAGCUCUAUGAGGAUAAAUGGAUAGUGUUGGAACAUUAACCUAUUUAAAAUGCUGUCUAUUAUAUCAUUAUCCAUUAAAAGAAAUAUGUUUAUAGAAAUAAACGUAAAAAGAAAAUAUGAAAGAUUUGUUUGCAAUUUAAAUAAUGUAUUAUUAAAAUUUCAAUAAAUCACGGUAAAAAGUAAAGUUCGUUUUUUUUCAGGAAGGAGAAAUGGAAGAAGUGCUACGCGCAUUAGAUGAAGAAAAUAACAGACUUGUUUCAACCUCUAGGAGAUCUAACUGGUCAGAUUCUGUAAGCCAUGAAUAUUCAGAACUGUUUGAAAGGAAAACAUUUGUAAACAGAUUGCUUUAAUUUUGUUUAUACUUCAUAUUAAAAUGGCCUUUGUACUGUUGCCUUCAGCACAUUUUAUUCCCUACCAAAAGAAAUAAAUGUUGGAAUUCAACAGUCUGAUUUCAAGCCUUAAGACAAGGUUUAAAACAGCCAUUGUUUUUCUCUGUGGCCUAGACUUUAUAUAACAUUUUGUGAAUGGACAGGAAGUAUUCCAUGAUCGUGGUGGUUGUGAGACCUUGUACUUUACUGACUCUACCUGAAAAUACACUUUUUAGUUUUAACUUUGCCAUGUGACAAAACACAUUAAAAAAAUAUUUGUUUAAGUUGACCAUAGGUAUAUUAAUGUUUUCAGACUGAGCUUUCAGAUGACCGUUUCAAAGACAGUCGAGAUGACUAUGAGCCUGCUCCUAAACCAUCAAAGCCUAAAAGUUUUAUUAACUUUUUUUCGGCUAAACAACGGGUGAUGGACCACACAGUUGCAGGGAAGGCUCGCAAAAGGUAAAACGCCAACUUUAACUUUCUUUAUGCUGUUCAUUUGAAACAGGCGCUGAUUUAUUUCCUAUUCAACCAAACCAAACAGGAUGUUUGCCUUUUUAAAAAAUUUUUUGAUGUCUCUCCAUCUUUCCAGAUAUGAAGAUCUCUCUAAGCUUAUAGAAUUAGAUGUGUCAAAGUUUGAUAUGUUUGACCUGCCCCCAGUCAAAGAAUAUGAGCUCUACAUACGUAGCUUUGGGAGAUCUGACACAAAACAGGCAUACAUACAAACAAGGGAUGAUGACAUUGAAAGAGACAUCCAAACAGACGAAAUUGAGAGUUUGAGCAAGUGGACUCAACACCCACCUGAAGAUGAAACUGCUGUAGGAGGUAACUAACAGUCUGAUCCAGUUGUAUAUUUUCUUCGUAACUCAUUAUAUUUAAAAAAAAUAAUAAUUAAGUAAAAUUGAAUUAUUACUUAGGAAAAAAAUGCUUUAUUUUUCAUUGUGCUAUAUAUAUUAAUUUAGUUAUGUUUUAAUCUUUAAUGUAAAACAAAACAAGUGUAUGGCUCAAAGAUUUAUCAUGGCAAUGUGCAGAAGUCUUAUCUGCUAAUGUUACUUUACAAAACUUGCAUUCAAUUAACGCAUUUUAUAAGCAUCUCAAUUAGUGCUAACUUAUGGAAAUUUUAUUUUGUACACCUAUAAAAAAAAACAGCAUUACAGCAAACAUACAUACCUAGAGAAUUAUUUGUGAUAUUUUUGCGAUUCAGUAGUCAUGUCUGUUUGAUUUAUUUUUAAUUUGACAAAUUAUUUUGAAUUCCUCCAUUAAAAGGCUUAAGAUCUUUUGUUUGAAAAUAGGUUUAUAUCUUAAUGAUAUCACAAUUUUUCCAUUAUAUUCAUUGGAGUUUUUAAAGUAAACAAAACAUCCAUUCAUUAUUGAUUUUGACAAUCAGGGGAAGGAAUCAAUGUACAGACAUCAAAGGACAAUGAGAAAUCAAGUGGGCCAACAGAUCCUGAAAAACUUAAUACAUUUUUAAACAGAGUUGGCCAGGUAUUUGCAUUAAAAUCUUUAACAAAAAUUAUUUAGGAAAUUUUGAAAAAUGUAAUCAUCUUUUGCUGGUUAAACAAUUUAAGCUCAGUCAAAGAGCUGUAUUGGAAAAAAACAUCAAUCUAUGAAACUAAAUCAAUUAAACAAAGCUGCAGUCCAUCUAAACCAGGUCUCAAUGUGUUCAUAAGAAUUUAUUGCUGGUGCUUUUAUAUAAGUUUAUAAAAAUGCUGCUUUUUAAAGCUACUUGAAACAAACAUAUAAUGUUUGUUAUAUUAUUAUUAUUAUAUUAUAUAAUAUUAUUUAUACACAAAUUCUUGCAACAGUUGCCUUAUAACUAAUUGUUUUUGUUAAAUGACACUUUUUCUAAGAAAAUCAUUAAAUAUAAUUCAUUUUAUUAACAUGAUUAGCUUUAAAUAGCAAUAUCAAAAGAAGAUUAUUUUUCCAUGGGUUUGGAAAUGUGUUGUGGCUUAAAAUACAAGAUAAAACUUCUGCUUAAAAACAUGUUUAGUUAACUUUACUAGAUAAGCAAAAUUUUGGGUAAUGAUAAAAAAAGACAUAUUAACUGAUUUCCUUGAUUUUAGCAGAAAUUUGGACCUCCCCACUUUCUAAAUGACAUCUGAAAUUUUCUUUUUCAGUUUCUGUUCACAAUUUUGGAUGAAGAAUCAAAGAGCUCAACAGAUGAGGAGAAGAAGAAAGACAGCAAGCCAAAAGCCAGCUUCAGUAAAAAGACUUUUCAGCUUGGGAUUUUGAGUUUUUUGAAAGGUAGUAAAAAUAUUCAACAUGCUAUCAAUACUGAGAGUGAACUGAUCUAUCUCUGUCACAGUUUUUGUUCUCUAAAGAUUUGAUAGAUCUUAAAGCCUUUUCUGUGCUUUAAUGAAGGAAAUAGGUAUGCUUACAAAAAUAUUUAAAAAAUGUGUAUUAUUAAUAAUAUCCAGAAGGCAUUUUGGGGUUAUAAUUAUAUAACUGAUGAAGUCUUCUUGCUAGAUCUCUAGACAUGUAUUCUAUAUAAAUAGAUUGACCACCCUCAACGGCAUGGACAUACCAUAAUAAAAAUUAAUCCGGGAAAACUUUCUAAUUACUGUAUUAUAAGUAGAAAAGGGUUUAAUCCAUACCAAUAAAUGUAUAUUUGUGUGUAAUUUUUGUAAAUCUCUUAGUCAAUUUUAUCUUCCUACCCUUUCUGUCCCUACUUUGUUGAUGUCAUGAGCAAGGGCUUUACACGAUUUUAAAUAAAUUUAGAGCAUGUCUAAAUGAUGAAUUAUUUUCUGUCAUAGAACGUCAAGUAGUUGCCAUGUCAUUCUGCCAGUCAGAACCCAAUUAUCUCCUGUCAGUGCAUUCCUCAUCAGUGCAGGAUGAUCGGGUAAGUCUUUUAGUAUAGUGACAGGGGAAUUUUUGUUUAUAUAAACUGCUACCGCACCCUAUUUCUAACCCCCUCCGCCACUUUUUUUUGUUUAGCUUUAUUUUCAUUGUAUUAGCCUCUAUAUUAAUUAUUUAUAGGCAGACAAUAGUGUUUUACUGGAGGCUAAAAUAUGUAAAAAUCAUAGUAACACCUUUUCAAUUGAACUUUUUAUUGUAGAAUUGCCUUCUUUACUAAGUUUGACAUGCAGCUACCAAAAAAUGGCUUGAAUGUUAUAAUUAGCUUCACAGACAUUAAAGUUAAAGAUAAAAUAAUUUUUUUUUACAUGUAUGCAGCCAACUUAAAUUAUAACAACCAGUAAUACUUAAAAUAUCAUGAAAUAAAUAAACUGAACUUUUUUAACAUAGAUCUCAUCCGAUCCAUCUGAAAAUAGCCAGUCAGCCUCAGCUGAAAUGGUAAGUUUCUUACACAAUAUUGGUUUUUCUUCAGCUACUUUUCUUAACUCUUCCCCUAUUGAGCUUUGUCUGUGUUGAGACUGACUUAAUUUCUGAUGUAUGAAAAAAAGAGUGAAUAUGCGUUUUAGAAAACUAAAUAACUUCAAACUAAAAGUCUGGUAGCCUUGAAUUUGAUUUCAAUGGAUGUUAUGUUGCAAUACGGCUCAGUGCACACUAGAAUAAUGGCCAGAGAGUAUUCUGGGGUUUAUUUUCCCUGGGAAGUGUAAAAUGAUGGAUCAGAAAAGUCUAAUGGCAUCCUCUCAAUUACUCAAGUAGAGAAUGAAUGUGUUGUGUUUGAUUUGUAUCGCUAAAUCAGUAUAUUUAAUUUAUGAAAUAAGUGAGCCAAAAAAUUAGUCCAUCAUAAGUAGAAGUUUUGUAAAAAUUAUAAGUGCAACGAAGAUAAUGAUAAACUGCAAAACAAAAUAAACUAUUAAUUUUGCAACACGGAUGUAUCAACCCACUGUCUAAAUACACCUGAUGGAAAGCAAUAUAUUGGGUAAAAUAGUAAAUAACUUAUAAUUAAUUUUUUUAGAGCAAGAAUAGAUAAUAAUGAAUUUUUAGUCAAAUCUUUAAAAAGUCUGGUAUAUCUGUAGAAUUAAAAUUUCAUAAUUUGAAUAAAUUUGUAUAUUAUGACUUGUUUUUCUACUAAUUUCAGAAAAAGAAAGGAGCAGCCAUAGAUUCCUUAUCCAUUAUAUGUGUGUGGAACUUAUCUCAGCCUACUUAUCCCUACAGG